UAUCAUCUCAUAAAUUGUAAAAUAUUUUAGAAGAUCAAUCGAUUCACAAUUGAGUUUUCUUUUCUUGUUGACAUGGGCGAGCUGAUUUUCUCGUUAAAAACGUAUAUUGGAUCUUGGGUUUCUCCACUUGCAGCUUACUCUUAGCGCGAGAGCUCCAUCCAACAGCAGGAACAUGCUCUAAGAAUCGCCCAACAGAUUCCUCCACUUCAAAUCUGCUUCAUAUUCCACAAAUUCAUCGCCUCUGGAUUCCCAAACUCGGUUUUGACAAUGGCGGGAUUAGCUAUUGUUUUGGAUCUAUUAAGGAAAAAUCAGAGUCUAAAUAAAGCGGAAGGCCUGCACUCUCAUGGGUUAUUCUCCGCCGCCUCCGCCGCCGCCGCUGCUGCUGCCACCGUCGCUUCCGGAACCCCUUUUGCGUUCAGAGCUUUCUUAGGUAAUUACGGGAUUCUGGUUGCUCAUUGUGAUGCCGGUAUAGAUGUGACUGAGGACUACCUCUCAAAUCUUCGGAGUGCAUCAAGGAAAAUAUUUGCGCAUGAAUCUCUUCAAUACAGUACAAAGGAGUACAAACUUGAAUUAAAGCCAUUAUUUUCAGCUUUUCAACCGAGGAUGCUCGGUAUGACAACCUUGAGGUCGUUCCUGAUGUUUUAUUUGCCUCUUUUGGAGCCGCAUGCAAAGUUAGAAGAUGAUGAUGAUGAGGACUUCUUGAGCGAUGCUCAAGAAGAGAAACAGCCUGUAGACUUUGUUGCUCCCCUUAAGAAGUCCAUCAAGCAAAUUGUUCGCGAGACUACUGUUGUCACAACGAGGCGCGUUCUGGAAAGAAUUGCUGUCCACUAUGCUUCGCAGCGGAUGGCAUGGAAGCUUCUCAAAGAUGUUCCCAAAUCCGCCGUGCGCAAGGCUGAACGAGGACUGUCUACUUCGGUCUACUUCUUCAGAGUUAGCAGGACGACUUUCAGAGGACACGCUCUAGGAGUUGCAGCUUCAUGGCUGGUCCAAGUCGGCAUAGAAAUCUACCGAUACAUCUCUGCAAAAGUAAAAUCCACAGAAGACGAUAUAGUCGUCGAAACCGAGAAAGUUAUACUUCUAAGGAAGAAGAUUGCAGGCGCUACCCUCCGGUGUAGCGCAUCACUAGUCUUUGCUUCCAUCGGAUCAGGAAUCGGCGCCACCCUCUUCCGCCCAUCAGCAGGCCAGUGGAUCGGAUGUGCUGUGGGGGACUUGGCUGGGCCUGUUAUUGUGACAGUCUGCUUGGAGAAAGGUUUGAACUUGGAUCUUUAGCUUCUGGGGCUUAAAUCUACUGACUGAUUCUUUGAAACUUCCAAUGGUGGGGAUGUAUUUAUUUCUUACUGGAUUUCCAUCUGAUCCCCCUUCGGACUGGCCUUUCAUUAGCCCUCUUUUUUAUGGCUUAUUAAUGCAUAAACUCCAUUUUUAUACUCAUUCUGUAGAGGCUCUUUAGUUUUUAAAUGUUAAAUUAUCGUUUUAGACGUUA